AGCAUCCUGUUAAGCACAGUGCAUGAAUUGAGUGCAGGGGUUAGAGUAGGACAACCUUUGGCAGAGGUAUGAUGUCAGAAAGGAGAGGUGGGAUUUGAACACUUCACACAACUUCUUCAGAGGGAUUUAAAGUCUCAGUGUUCACUUUGCAACCAGAAGACACUGCAGCAGCAUUCACAGUAAACGCACCUCUUCCUGUAAGUAUGAUGCUCUUACUCCUUUGUAUACACACACUAUACACACUGUCCUGCUUCAAAUGAUUGAGUUACAGUGUGGUCCUCUCCCCAGGCUGACAGGUGGGAUGGCUGCUGAUAACAUCACCCAGAUCUCUGCCUCCAACUCCCUGAACCGGAGCGGCUGCGACGUGUUUGUGUACCAGAGAGCAGCGGUGGUCCUUUUCCCCAUUUUCUACUCUGUGGUUUUCCUGAUCAGCGUGUGCGGCAACAGCCUGGUUCUCUAUGUGAUCUGCCAGAGGAAGCACAAGUUCAACUCCACCUCCAUCUACCUGGUCAACCUCGCGCUCUCCGACACCCUCUUCACACUGGCGCUGCCAGGCAGGAUCACUUACUACAUCCGUCACUUUGACUGGCCCUUCGGGGACUUUCUCUGCCGACUGACCACGCUUCUCUUCUUCGCAAACACCUAUGCAGGCAUUGGUUUCAUGACCUGCAUCAGCUUGGACAGGUAUCUGGCCAUGGUGCAUCCUCACCAGCUGCAGUGUUUACGCAGCGCGAGGGUGGUCCGCAGGGUCUGCUGCCUGGUCUGGGCUCUGGUCUCUCUGCAGACAGCUCCCCUGAUGUUCCGCAGCAUGCUGCGCGAGCACCAGGGGAGACGAACCUGCAUGGAGUACUUCACCUUCGAAGGCUCCAGCUCCACUCCUUAUCUCCUGCUCCUGGCCUGCGCCGUCUCCUUCUGCUGCCCCCUCGCCGUCAUCCUGGGCUGCUACGCCAAGAUCAACCUGAAGCUUCGAGCGGCGGCCAGGCAGAGCACGGUGACCGGCCGAUCAAGGAGGAACCACAGCGCCAACACCAUCAUCCUCGUCAUCCUCCUCACCUUCAUCACGUGCUUCAGCCCGUACCACCUCAACGUCAUGCAGUUCAUGUCCAGAACGAUCAACCACCAGCCAUCCUGUGAGGAACUGAGGGCCUUUAAGAUGUCCUUACAGAUGACGGUUUCACUGAUGAAUCUCAACUGCUGCUUGGAUCCAGUCAUCUACUUCUUUGCCAUCAAGACCUACAAGAAGCGGGUGAUGAGUCUCUUUAAGGACUAUCUUUAUACUUCCGGUGCCUCCACAAAAAUGACUGCUGAAAACAGCAGCAGCAACACCUGAACGAAACCACAGCCGGGUGCUAUAGAGAUGUGCCAACAAACAGUGUCAGAGAGAAGAUUCUCGUUUACUCUGCUACUCUCGCUUUCACACUUUGGAAAUAACAGUUACGCAUGUAAAUAUGUGUAGUAGAAAGAAACAGAAGAGAAAAAACAAAACGUUUGAGCCAAAUGAUGUUUGUAUGAGAAUUCUGUUUGAAAUGUAUCGUUAGAUAUCGAUUGCUUUUUCCUUUUUAUAUGAUCUUAUUCUUGUUUUUCUUACUCAGUUGUAAUAUAGGGCAGCAAAAAAAAGUUUUGAUAAGCAAAGUUUGUGUGAUAAAGGGCUCUUUUCUUGUGCAUGUGUUUUCCUAACCAUGAUUAAUACGUUUACUUUUUUUCUCUUUAUAAAAACGUUGUGGUCAUUAAUGCACAGCAGCUGCUU